AUCAAAACACUCUUCACGAUUCUACCAGCUCGCCAACAGUUUGAUAGCGACAGUCGCUGGAUUCGGUGGAAAGUGAGUAUAUUGUGUACUUCUAACUCGUAAGUGAUCGCUAUAUUUCUGUUUUUUGAAUAGUUCUUUUUUACGAAUCAAGGGAAAUGGCUGUCAGCGCACCGCCAACUCAAAUUCCACCAUCAAGCGUUUUGUACAAACUUGAGAAAACGGCUUACAGUACUCCAGCCCCUGUUAGCAACGAUCCUGCGAAUAAUGAAUGUAAACUCAUCGAGUAUCGAGGGGCUAAAGUUGCGAGUUUUAACAUCAAUGGUUUAAUGAUGAUAUGUUUACCCCAGGCCUUUGAGGUGUUUCUUAAGCACCUUGUUGGUGGACUACAUACAGUUUAUACAAAACUGAAACGCCUUGAAAUUACGCCUGUUGUAUGCAAUGUGGAACAAGUGAGAAUUUUGCGCGGACUAGGGGCAAUACAGCCGGGUGUCAACAGAUGUAAGCUUUUGACGAGAGAACAGUUUGACAUCUUAUACCAAGAUUGUACGACGGCAAGCAGCAGGCCAGGAAGACCACCAAAAAGAAGCAUGCCUUUUAUGCUGAGCCCUCCAUUGCACGCCCUCACGCACCACGGAGCCGACAUCAAGAAAUCAAAAUACGAAAGUGAUUUUCAUAACGGAGCUUUGAGUCCCAAAAUUCACGGCUUUUCUAAUGGAUAUGGGGCGAUGGUGUCCUCACCGUACCUUCUCACUACCCAUCCAGCUUUCAUCCCUGCAUCAUUCUCCAUGGCAUCCCGAGCGAGUUUGAUGGCGCGUGGUGAUGAGCCGAUGUCGUUGAUCAAGCCUCCGUUGAGUGCAUCCGGAAGCGAGACGUCAGGCAGUCGUGAACACUCUGGCACCGAGAGCGCUGGUGUCUCCCCACGAGAUGAACUCAGCUCAGAUGUAGCGAAGGAUCUUAGCUCACCACAUAGUGAUGAUUCCGCGCUGUGUAAAGACAGACGUAGCGAACAUAGCGAGAUGAUCCACCGUGAAGCAAUGGCAGCCAUGGAGGAAAGUCUUGCUCACAUUCAUAGUAAGCAAGAGAAUGGACUGUCAUCAAUGGGAUCCACAUUGCAACCACCUGUAGCCCACAACUCCUACCAUUCCAAAAUGCCAACCCCUAGAGUACCCCAUCCAGAACCCAUGGAACGACACGAACGUCACCCAGCGCACAAUCUGAUGGAUAUGACGGAGACUUUAACAUCACAAGCACCCUCACAGAUUGAAACACUUCUCACCAAUAUUCAGGGUCUGCUGAAGGUUGCCGCAGACAAUGCUAAGCAACAAGAAAAACAGGUGCAUCUUGAGCGGGCUGAGAUGAAAAUGGAGUUGAUAAGGGAGAGAGAGCUAAGAGAAGCAUCGGAGAAACAAUUGCAGAAUGAACUUAGAAGAAUAGCCAUUAUUCAAAAGAGGUUGAAGAAAGAGAAACGAGCUAAGAGGCGAUUACAAGAGGAGUUGGAAAUUGAACAGAAACGUCGCAUUUCUGGAGACGAAUCUAUUAAACACAUCAGCACAAACGAGCCAUUGAGGGCAGUAAAUGGAGACCAAGAUGACAUACCCCAUGAGCAUGAGAUGGAGAGAUCCAUACGGAGUGUCGAUAUGGAACACGAGAUGGAAAGAUCUGUACGGAAUGAAAUGGACCGUAAAUUGCAAGGUGAGAGCUACCGUCUGUCACCUACCCGCCCCGUGUAUGAGCACCAUCGCACUGAAGAGUAUCAUUAGACACCCAGCCAGACCCGUAGGCAAACCCUUGGACACGUGCGAUGUUCACCGUUACUUCAAGUGCUCCCUCUACCACUCACAAUAGUUAAAGGUGCUACAUUUAGACUUUGCCCACCUGUUUUGAAAGUGGAAACUGUUUGGAGACUUGUAAAUGGAAUUCCGCUGACAAGAGAGAGUUCAUGCGAUGAAAUCUUGAAAAAUAUGUUUCGUCAACAUUUUGUUUUAGCAGGAGAAUGUCAUCCAAUAUAGAGAGAGAUCUAAAUACAUGCAGCAAUCGGUGUUUUUGUUUUAAAACGUUCAUGGUUUAAAUAUGUAAACAAUAUUGGACAUAGGAAUUUAUGAGAAAUUCCUUUUUUAAAUGAAUUUUAAGAAAGCGUUGAUACUUAGAAGUUUCUUUUAAAGUUUGGUACAGAUUCAAUGAUCUUUUUAGAAUUUUAAAAAAUUUUGUGCCGGAAGUAAAGUGUGGAGGGGUAUGGGAUGAGCUGGGCUCAAUUACCCAGAUGUACACAAAAAAGGAAAAAAAAUUGUACUGCCCUGCAAGAGAAUGGAAAGACCUUACUACAAAGUAUGGAAGGAAAGUUGUGAUGAAAUGGAUAAAAAUGUUUAAAGAAUGACGGUAUAAUUAUUGAAAAAAAAAAAUUAAAAAUAAAUUGCCAAAGAAAAAAGCCCAAUAAAGCCAAUCUACAACAAAUUUUACUGUAAAUAGUCAGUCAGUUAUAUUGACAUAUUAUGUAAAUGUCAGUUAUAUUGCAGAUUGAUUGAAUGAUUAAUUGAUUAGUUAAUUGAUGAAAAACUUGGUGAUCAUCCGGUUUUUUAAAAUCUCACCAGCUACCAAAAUAGGAUUUAAACUGCAUAAAGAUGAAUUAAGCAAUUAAGCCAAAUUUUUAUUUGUACGUAGAAUGACAAUUUGGUUACUACCAACUAACACUUGUGAGACUGCCGAUAUAAGAUAAAUAAGUGUCUUUAUUUCUGUACAGUUGAUUUAAGCACAUUUUGUAGACAUUUUAAGGCUAAAAGGCUUAGAAAACAGACACAUUAUGAGUAGACCUCUGCUAAAAUUUAGAUUAAGAUUCCAAAUUUGCUUGUAAUUUCAAUAUUUUCUUUUUAAAAACAUGAUACAAUGCACAAAAUACAUCUGAUUGGGAAAUUUAUGAACAACUGUUUAAGUAUGUGAAUUAUUGUUUAUACACUAAAGCGUGGUUGAAAUAUAAUCGUCACAGUUUUUUACUGCAAUUGAUGCAUUAGCGUAACAGCGCAAUCGGAAGGCUCCUCGAUACGACUAAUCGGCAUCACCGAAAGCUGUCGGUGAUAGCGUGUAGUGACUGUAUGGAAACCAAGCUUUAAUGAUAUACAAAAUGUCUUGAAAUAUGAUUUAAAUUUGCAGUAGAUUGACUGUAAACGUAUGGGGCAAAAACAAACAUCCAACUGGGAGAUGACAAGUUAUAAAAACCGUAGUUAAAGUGUGUAAAUUUCCACCUGUAACUUACUACCAUGAUAAAUAUAAUUAUCUUCCAACAAAAACAGCUUUUCUAUUUGAAAAAUAGCAAGGUGCCUGGCUGAAGAUGUUUUAAGAAAUGUUAAUCUCUCUGAAAUGUGGUUUCUUCCAACUUGGGACCCCUUAUUCAGAAAAGAAAAUUUAGAAAUUACAAGCCUUUGAGAAAGUAAAAUAGUACUGUUAAAUGUUUUCUCAGGGCUCAUUGUUGUACAUAUCAUUUUUGUACAAAGAUCAAUUUCAAUUCUGCGGACACAACCUGACGUUCCCUCGCAGAUUGCUUGUCGUUUUAGUUAAGUUUAAAGGUCAAAGUUGAGCCAGUGCACUUGGGUUAUUGCAAACUCGACACCAGUUGUGUGGCUUUAUGUUCAGUAGCAUUCCUUCUCAAACAAAAACAUUAGAAAAUAUGAAAUUUGAUGGAUUUCUCAUCAUGUUUACCCUUGUAUAAAGUUUGAUAAGUUAUUAAUUACAGCCCCCUCAAUCAAUCUAUCUAAAUAACAAUGAAUUAAGAAGGGCAAUUUGUUGGAAGUAACAAGAAGAUUUAAAAUAACAAUACAAGUUCUUACCUAAGCUACAUCUUUUCAGAUUCUCAUACAAUAAUUGCAGAUACGUAAAAUGAUUGGCUGAUUAUGGGCAAGUUUGAUUGCUAAUUUUUAACCAAAUCCGAUUGGUUAAUUUCAAAUUACCACCUUGAAAAGCUUCUCAUCUGAUUCAUGCAACUUAAAGAGAAAUUUUAUGGAUCUGAAGAAAAUUGUUGAUAACUUUGUAAUAUUGUCUUUUGAUUUGGCUGAAAUAAUAUAAAAUGAUUGUUACAUCUCUUUGUCAACAUUUGGUAAUCCCAUUGUAAGGAUAUAUAUAAUUUGUUAUAUAUUUAUAUGAAUUACAUGACCCUUUAAAUGAUACCUUUAUGUGCAGUGUGUCAUUUUAUGAACUGUUUUAAAAACAGAAUUAUUUAAUGCCUUAUUAUUGACCUCUGCUGCCCUCUAGAGUUAUAAUCGUAGCAUUAUUUAAUGAGUCAUAAUAACACAAGAAUUAUUUCGAAUGAUUGAUUUGCUGUAGGGGGUCAUUCAUUAUUUUAAUCAUUUUGCUGAGAGUACAAAACAUACUUUUAUCUGUGACCCCUCCCCCUACCCCCCCCCCCUGAAAAAUACAAAAGAAAAUGAUGAUGAAUUUUUUCAAGUUGACAUCAAUAUUUUUGUCUUUUUCAUAACUGUGAGAGUGCGUAUGCCUGUACUGUCAACCCCUCCCCAUAAAAGUACUCUUGCAAAAAUGAUGAAAAUAGUGGAUGAUUCUGUAGCUGAUUUAUCAAAUUUAAGAUAAUCUGUGUCAAAAAUAAUGAAAUAAUCAUGUUAUAUUAUAAUGGAAUAGAAUCUUGAUUUUACAAACAUUUUUCCACUUGUGACCCUGUUAAUUCGAUUAUAAGUUUUAUCAUCAUCAUCAUCAUCAUCAUCAUCAUCAUCUGUUAUCAUCUUCAUCAUUAUCUUCAUAGAAAUUGAUUUGCAAAAAGUUCAAAAUGAGUCUGUGUAUGCAUAAUUUUAAUAAAUAAUAUUUGUAUAGAGUAAAUUGGCAAAUUGAUUGAUUAAUUAAUUGAUUGAUUUAUAAUUGAUUAAAGGACAAUCAAAUAAAGUGUGCUAGGUUUAGUGUAAAUACUACAUACAGUACGAAUUGUUGGUACAGGUAUUAACAUUUUGUUAAUUAGGGAGAUAUAAUGUGAAACAAUAAUUAGUUUGUAUUUCUUGAUUAAGUUGUGGUUUUCUAGACUAGGUAUUAUUUUAUCUUCUUCUUUUUUUGCGAAUUAUAUGUUAGGAUAUUUUAAUUGUCAGUUUAAAUGAUUAUGUUGUUGCUGAUAACAAGCAAGUGUCCUGCAAGUGUGUUGACAGGUAUAUCUUGAUAUAAAGUUUAAUUUAUUAUGGCCGAAUUGAUAGCACAAUAAAUUUAAUUGUUUUGUAUGACUGAGAA